GAUGCCAAAAAGAGUGUAAGAGGUAUCACAAAACAACAGCUUAUUGAAAUACGUGCAAUGAACAAUCCUCCUGAAGCAAUUAAAAUGGCAAUGACUUCAGCAAUUGAUAUGCUUGAUCGCAAGGCCGAUAAUUGGCAAGCAGUGCAAGUUAUCAUCCGAAGUGAUGAUUUCAUUAAUAGUAUUGUUAAUUAUGAUAUUAAUAAAAUGACUAAAAAUAUAAGAAAAAAAAUUAAAACCAAAUAUCUCGCCAUGCCUACCUAUAAUUUCGAAAAAGUAAGCAGAGCUAACAUGGCAUGUGGUCGUUUGGUCAAAUGGGUGAUUGCUAUUGUUAAUUGUUCAGAUACUCUUGAAAAUCAUAGUUCAAUUCGUAAGGAAAUGGAAGAUUUAAUGGUAGCACAAAAUCAAAAUCAACAACAGCUUGAGUGCCUGCAUCAAAUGAUUAAUGACUUAGAAAAUGUUAUAACAACAUAUAAGGAUAAAUAUACAGACAUAAUUAAGGAUAAAGAAGCUAUCAAAAAGCAAAUGAUUUCAAUUAAGAAUAGAAUAGAUAUAUUUGUAAACCUUGAGAGUUUAUCAUCUGAGAUGAAAAAAUGGGAAAUUAUUAGUCGAGAACUUGAAACACAGAAGGAAACAAUUGUAGGUGAUGUAUUGCUUUCGGCAUCAUUCCUUGCCUAUGGUGGAUAUUUUGAUCAGCAAUAUCGUGAGAUAUUAAUCAAAAAAUGGAUCAAUCACCUGUACAAUUCCAAUAUUCAAAUUAAACAGGAAUUUUCGGUGGCAGAAUAUUUGUCAUCACCUGAAGAUCGUCUUUCCUGGCAAGUAAAUUCUCUUUUAGCUGAUGAUUUAUUUACAGAAAAUGCCAUCAUGCUCAAGAGGUUCAAUAGAUAUCCCCUCAUAAUUGAUUCAUCAGGUCAAGCCUUUUCAUUUUUGAUAAAUGAAUUUGAGAAAGAUAAAAAGGUUAUUAUCACAAGUUUCUUAGAUAACUCAUUUGUUAAGGUCUUGGAAGAUGCUCUUCGUUUCGGUUAUCUUUUAUUCGUUCAAGAUGCUGAACAUUUUGAUCCUAUUUUAAAUCCUAUUCUCAACAGAGAAGUGUGUUAUAAUGGUGACCGUGUUCUAAUAAGAUUGGGAGAACAGGAUAUUGAUUUUUCUCCAUCAUUUUCACUUUUCCUAUUGACUGGUAAUCCUUACUUCAAUUUUUCGCCAGACGUAUGCAGCAAAGUAACAUUUGUAAACUUUAUUAUGACACGCAGUAGUUUACAAAAACGUUGUCUCAAUGAAUUACUUAAAGCUGAACAAUCUUAUACGGAUCAGUUACUAACGAAUUCGAUUACGACUCAAUGUAAACUUAAAUUGCAGCUGAGAUAUCUCGAAAAAUCUAUUUUACAGGUUUUAAAUGAAUCAGAGGGCAAUAUUUUGAAUGAUGAUAAAAUACAAGAUACAUUGAGGAAAUUGAAACAAGAAGCCGCUGAAAUUAUUCCCGCAAUUGAAAAAACAGACAAUUACAUGAAAGAACAUAUAGCACAAUACGCACCUUUGGCUUGUGUUUGUAGUUCUGUCUUCUUUGCCAUGGCACAAAUGAACCUACUGCAUUACUUCUAUCAGUUCUCUCUCGAAUACUUCUAUGAGAUAUUUCAAUUUAUUCUUUUUGAAAAUCCAAAUCUCAAAAAUAUUAUAGAGCCUGACGAACGGUUGAAAAUUAUCACUCGUGAUCUUUUUAAAGUAACUUUAAAGCGGGUAUCACGAGCUUUGCUACGCAAAGAUUACGUUACAUUUGCAAUUUUAUUAUCUCAAAUUAAACUUCAUGCAUACCCUGAUCAAAUUACAGAAACUGAAUUUGAAAAUGCUUUUGAUAUCGGUACAUUGAAUAAAAUAAAAGAAUUCAUGGCUCUUCCAUGUUUCAUGAUACUUAAUAAACACUUUAAUGAGAAUUUCGACGAAUGGGCACAAUUUUUGAAGUUUGAUGCACCAGAAAAGCAAAUGUCUGAACAUUGGGUUGCUUCUUUACCUCAAACAUUAACAAUAAAAUAUUUCCGUCCUGAUAAAGUUAUUUCUGCCGUAACUGAACUUUUAUCUAUCACAUUCGAGCCAGCUUUCUCUUUUAAAACUAAAAUUUUUGACUUUAUAUCAUUGGUGUUAGAUGAAGUUCAACCAAAUACUCCUAUUUUUUUAUGUUCUGUUCCUGGAAAUGAUGCAAGUUAUUUUUUAGAACAUCGUGUAUUCGAACUCAAAAUUAAAUGCAUGUCUAUUGCCAUGGAUUCUUGUGAAGGUUUAAUCUUAGCUGAUCAAGCUAUUGCAGAUUCAAUUAAGUGUGGAUAUUGGGUUUUACUGAAAAAGGUUCAUCUUGCAACACCAUGGCUAAAACGUCUUGAAGAUAAAUUGCAUAACAUGAAAGCACAUAGAAACUUUAGACUUUUUCUUGACAUGGAAAUAAAUGCUAAG